GUUCACUACUUCACCACCAAUGUCUCCAGCAGGUCCUGUCAAGAGCGUCAAGGAGUAGAGGACAGUCAUCAUGCGCUCGCAAUCCGCAUCUCUGCACCACGACGAUUACAAUCGCUAUGGCAGACAGACGAUCCUCAACGGGAUAGGCCUUCCAGGGCAACUGAGGCUUCGGAAUGCGUCCGUAGUUGUGGUUGGCGCGGGCGGUCUGGGAUGUCCUGCUCUGCAGUAUCUCGCAGCAGCAGGCGUAGGCAGGUUGAAUAUCAUUGACCAUGAUAUCGUGGAGCUGUCCAACCUGCAGCGGCAGAUAUUACACACCGAAGCUCGCGUUGGAAUGCACAAAGCCGUCAUCGCUGCGAAACUCCUAUAUAGCAUAAACUCCCGCAUCUCCGUGUCCGCCAUCACCACUGCCUUCACCGCGUCCAACGCGCUCUCUCUCCUCUCCGGUUAUGAUCUCAUCCUCGACUGCACCGGCAACCUCCCACGUGCUACCUCCUCUCCGACACCGCCAUGCGCCUCGGCCGCCAGCUCGUCAGCGGCGCCGCGCAGCACUUCGACGGCCAGUUGUGCACGUACAACCUCGGCCUUGGGCCCGUGCUUCCGCUGCCUGUUCCCGAAGCCGGCCCUCGAGCUGGCAGGCUCGUGCGAGGAGCUGGGCGUGCUCGGUGCGGUGACGAGCGGCGUUGCGAAAUUGCAGGCGCUGGAGGUGGUCAAGAUCAUUACGGGCCUGCAUGAUAAGAAGCCGACCAUGCUGAUGUAUUCGGCACUCAGCACGCCGCCAUUUCGCAGCGUCAGGCUGCGCUCUCGACGGCCGACCUGUCACGCGUGCGGAAACGAGCGCGAGAAGGAGGACAUCAUCGAAGAAAUGAACUACGUACAUUCUGCGGGUGUACACGCCCAGAUUGGGUCGGCAGAGGCUUAAUUGAGGGCAGGCCGGGCAGCCGAAUCCGCCCCAAGGAACUGAAAAUGAUAUUUGACUCCGGCAAGAAGGUGCGGACUGUGGAUGUCAGGCAGCCGACUGAGUUUGGGAUCUGCCACCUCCCGGGGUCGAC